AUGGAAGAAGAUCAGCGCCUCAGGCUGGCGCCUAUGCAUCAGCUGUCUGAAGCACUAUGUGACGACGACGACUGGACUGGAAUGAAAGAUCCUGCAGAGAGACGGAAGCGCCAAGUUCGAUUGAGUCUCAGGGCAUAUCGUAAGCGGAAAGCAGCACGCAUGAACCCACGGCUAUCAACACUGGUGAUGAUAAUGGAUCCUGACAGCCAGUCUCGGCAGCAGGUCGACCCUGUUGCUCGUUCCAAAGUAUACCAACAAAUGGUUGUCUCGUUGCCUCACCUAUUCAUCCCCGCUGCAGUCGAUCAUAAAGGCACUUUCAUACCCAUGAGAAGCCUCUACCCGAUAUCACGGGAUCACCUCAUGCCUUUGAUUGAGUACAAUGUAUGGCGAGCGACCCUCACCAAUGUCCUCAUCUUGGGCCACAUACAUCUCAUAGGCCAGCAGACUUGCAGUUUUGGCCACGAUGCCACUAUCUUUCCCAACCUGUACCGGAGCAAUAGCUUACCAAAAUCCCUGGAACCGACAACGCUUCAACGCACUCAUCGGCACCCUGAUUGGAUCGACAUCCUCCCGUCUCCCAAAAUGCGCGACAACGCUAUGAGGACUUAUCAUCUUAUACCAAGGGAUGAGUUGUGCGCUGAUGUGAUGGGUCGUAUGUCCGGUGGGCAGUAUAACACAGAUUCGGCGAUCAUGGUAUGGUCGAAUCCAUGGGAACCGGACGGGUGGGAACUCAGUGAGGCCUUCAUUCGAAAGUGGUGGAUGCUGGUCAAGGAUUGCGAUGAUAUCCUCGACGCGACCAAUAAAUGGCGUGCACUGCGAGGAGAUGAUCCUUUGACGUUUUGA